UAGCUACAGAAGAUAGUCAAUUUCUCUGCUUGCACCGCAGUCAAUCAAACACUUCUGAGAAGUUCUGCCCUCUCCCCCUCUCCCCCUCUCCCGUACCAAAUCCCAAAUCCCAAAUCCCAAAUCCAAUUCCAAAUCCAAAUCCAUAGCGCUUCUCUCUCUAUAGGAUUGGCAGUCUCUUUCAUUGAUGUUGUAGUUUUGGUGUGGCCCUGCGUCGACGCUGGGGCUGCGAACAACUUCGGAACCCUAAGAGAAGAUGGUGUUCAAAGGAAGAUUCUUCUCCUCGAAGAAAUCCGACACUUCGAGUCCCGACGGAUCCAACAGUCCUCGAUCGCUCGGUUCCAACUCCCCGAUCCGAUCCGAGAAGAAGAAGGUCAAGUCCACCAAGGACGAUUCAUCUCAGAUCGCCUCCACCGCUGGAUUCUCUGCUUCAUACCGCCAAGCGCAAACCAAGGACGCGCCCAAGCAACAGCCCUCCCCCAAGAAGAAGGAUGCCAAGGGAAAAGAGCCUCAGCCGCAGUCUCCGGCCAAGCCGAGCUCCGGGAGUUCGGGUUUGAAGUUGCGGAAAGGGGCGGCCUCGGCGGGCGAGGCGAAGGAAGUGCCGGCGUCGGUGUCGCCGAUUCUGGCGUCGUCGCUGGGGCUGAAUCGGAUCAAGACGAGGUCCGGACCGCUGCCACAGGAGACGUUCUUCGGGUUUCGAGGGGAUAAUAAGGGUUCGGCACUGGGUGCUAGUACUCUCUCAAAGCUUGGCGGGGAAGUGGGCUCCUCUUCGGGGUCGGCUGGUGCGGGGAAGAGCGGGAAGAAGGAGUGGAUAAGUCAAAGAAGGAUCGGUUUUGAGGAAAAUGCGGGCCUGGGGGAUAAUGGAAGCAAUUCGGACAGUAUGUCAACGGAGAGUGGACCAUCUAGAGAUCAGAGUCCUCAUGUUCAAGCCCGGUCUAGGCUCCAGAAUGGUGAAUCUUCCUCUGAAGCCGGGCCAUAUAAUUCAUCUUGGGGCAAUUCUGGAGGCCUGAUAAGUUCUGAUCUUCGUACUCCUGAAAUGAAGACUUCAUAUGAUUGUGAAAAUCCCAAAGAGUCUGAAUCUCCUCGCUUUCAAGCUAUACUCCGGGUCACAAGUGCACCCAGGAAGAGGUUGCCUACUGAUAUCAAAAGUUUCUCCCAUGAACUAAAUUCCAAAGGCGUACGCCCUUUUCCAUUUUGGAAGCGUCGAGGUUUAAACAAUGUGGAGGAGGUUUUGGUUAUGAUACGGGCAAAAUUUGACAAAGCAAAGGAAGAAGUGGACUCUGAUCUGCGUGUAUUUGCAGCAGAUCUGGUUGGAAUUCUGGAGAAGAAUGCAGAAAUUCAUCCUGAAUGGCAAGAAACCAUAGAGGAUUUACUUGUUUUAGCUCGCAGCUGUGCUAUGACAUCACCUGGAGAAUUUUGGCUCCAGUGUGAAGGCAUAGUUCAAGAAUUGGAUGAUAGGCGUCAGGAACUCCCUGCAGGUAUGAUGAAGCAGCUUCAUACCCGCAUGCUCUUUAUUCUCACUAGGUGUACAAGGUUGUUGCAGUUCCACAAGGAAACUGGGUUCGCUGAGGAUGAAAAUGUUUUUCAGCUUCCUUUGCAUUCUUCUGGUAAAAAGAUUACUUCUGGGGUAGUAAGGGAUGGGGAAAAUGCCAUUGCUCCUAAGGUGCCGAAAGUGGUCCCAACAAGGAAAUCUUACAGUCAGGAGCAGCAUCACGUUAUCCAGCCUGGAAAUUUUCACUCAACUCUUCCUGCUGAUACAGCAAAGGAUGAAUCUCCCUCAAGCAGUGGUAAGAUGUCAUCAUGGAAGAAGCUUCCUUCUCCUGCUCGGAAAAUCACAAAAGAAGUUGCUCCUAUGAAAGAGGAGCAGAAUGAUAUCAAGGAGGAGCCAAAGGUUUUAAACAACAGGAAGGGAACUUCAGAUGUAGAUCUGGUUACUGCCAACUCUUCUGAGCUUCCUCCUGCUAAAGAUUCUACUCCACAUCCAUCAAUUCCUUCCAAGCACCAGCAUAAACCUUCCUGGGGUUACUGGGGAGACCAGCCUGCUAAUUCUGAAGAAAGUUCCAUAAUUUGUCGUAUUUGUGAGGAAGAGGUGCCAACUUUGCAUGUCGAAGAUCAUUCAUUAAUUUGUGCUAUUGCUGAUCGAUGUGAUCAGAAGGGUCUAAACGUCAAUGAUCGCCUUCUCAGAAUUGCUGAAACUCUUGAGAAGCUAAUAGAGUCUUUUUCUCAGAAGGAUGUUCAACAUGUAGUAGGAAGCCCGGAUGUUGCAAAAGUAUCAAACUCUAGUGUUACUGAAGAAUCUGAUCUUCUCUCUCCCAAACUUAGUGACUGGUCCCGAAGAGGGUCGGAAGACAUGCUUGAUUGCUUCCCUGAAGCUGAUAAUGCUGUUUUCAUGGAGGAUCUCAAGGGUUUGCCAUCCAUGUCAUGUAAAACACGUUUUGGUCCAAAGUCUGAUCAAGGCAUGACAACGUCGUCUGCAGGCAGCAUGACUCCUAGGUCUCCAAUAUUGACACCAAGGACCAGCCAAAUAGACUUGCUAUUGGCAGGGAAGGGUGCCUACUCUGAACAUGAUGAUCUUCCACAGAUGAAUGAACUUGCUGAUAUUGCUCGGUGUGUGGCGAAUACACCAUUGGAUGAUGAUCGCUCUUUGUCAUAUUUACUCACUUGUCUUGAGGACCUCAGAGUUGUGAUUGAUAGACGGAAGUUAGAUGCACUUACAGUUGAGACAUUUGGAACACGGAUUGAGAAACUGAUUAGGGAGAAGUACCUACAGCUUUGCGAGCUUGUUGACUAUGAGAAGGUUGAUAUAACAAAUACCGUAAUUGAUGAAGAUGCACCUUUUGAAGAUGACGUGUUACGUAGCUUGAGAACCAGUCCAAUACAUCCUUCCAAGGACAGAACAUCUAUAGACGACUUCGAAAUCAUAAAACCAAUCAGUCGCGGGGCAUUUGGUCGGGUUUUUUUGGCAAAAAAGAGAACCACAGGGGACCUCUUUGCAAUAAAGGUUCUUAAAAAGGCAGACAUGAUUCGCAAAAAUGCUGUAGAGAGUAUCUUGGCCGAACGUGAUAUUUUAAUAUCAGUUCGAAAUCCUUUUGUGGUUCGCUUCUUCUAUUCAUUUACCUGUCGUGAAAAUUUGUAUCUUGUGAUGGAAUACUUGAAUGGAGGAGAUUUAUAUUCACUACUGAGAAAUCUUGGCUGCUUAGAUGAAGAUGUUGCUCGUGUUUAUAUAGCAGAAGUUGUGCUUGCUUUGGAAUAUUUGCAUUCACGUCGGGUGGUUCAUCGUGAUUUGAAACCUGAUAAUUUGUUGAUUGCUCAUGAUGGCCACAUUAAGUUAACAGAUUUUGGGCUUUCAAGGGUUGGUCUCAUCAACAGCACUGACGAUUUAUCUGGUCCAGCUGUUAGUGGGACAUCGCUAUUGGGAGAAGAUGAACCUCAGUUAACUGCAUCUGAGCAUCAGCGAGAAAGACGAAAGAAACGGUCUGCUGUUGGAACACCUGACUAUUUGGCUCCUGAGAUUCUCUUAGGGACAGGACAUGGUGCAACUGCGGAUUGGUGGUCUGUGGGUAUCAUCCUUUUCGAGCUGAUUGUUGGUAUCCCACCUUUUAAUGCUGAGCAUCCUCAGAUAAUAUUUGAUAAUAUUCUCAACCGAAAGAUACCUUGGCCCCGGGUACCUGAAGAAAUGAGCUAUCAAGCCCAAGAUCUCAUUGAUCGGUUAUUAACUGAAGAUCCUCAUCAGAGACUAGGAGCAGGAGGAGCCUCGGAGGUGAAGCAGCAUGCAUUUUUCAGAGAUAUUAACUGGGACACCCUUGCUAGACAGAAGGCUGCUUUUGUUCCUUCAUCAGAGAGUGCACUUGACACCAGUUACUUCAUGAGCCGGUACUCGUGGAAUUCUGCAGAGGAACAUGUUUUUUAUGCUGUCAGUGAAUUUGAGGACAGUGAGAAUGGUAGCACCACUGGUAGUAGCAGUGGUGCAAGCAAUCGCCACGAUGAACUGGGAGAUGAGUGCGCUGGUCUUGCAGAGUUUGAAUCAGGUUCUUCUGUCAACUACUCGUUCAGUAACUUCUCUUUCAAGAAUCUAUCCCAGCUUGCAUCAAUCAACUAUGAUUUGCUUACAAAAGGUUGGAAGGACGAUCCGCCGACAAAUCAUAAUGCUUAACUUAUCCAGUCAAAUGUUCUGGCACGGGCUUUUGACAUCAAACCAAUAUCCCAUCAUGCGAGGGACCAACACCCCUCAAAUGUUGUUUGUAUACCCUGUAAAUAGAGAGAAGACGAUUUCAGACUUGUGCUACCCCAGGAUGUGCUCUUUCUUCUCCUUGGGUACCAAUUUUAUGAAUUUGAGUUGUUUUUAAUUUUGGUUAUUGAGGACCUUAAUUGUUAUCUUAAAAUGUACAUGCCUGCAGUGGGGUCUACAUUCUCUCUGCCCAUGUUUUCCCUUGAUGGCAAUGUAGGACAAUGCCCUUUGCUCUCA